AUGUUGUAAGCUAACGACACAACUCGCCGAUCAGUCAGUGACGUCGCAUGUCAGGGCUCGAUCCGAUUCUAGUGUGAAUAAAUCUAACCAUUACUUUCGCAAAUUUGAUUGUCUACCAAUAGUUGUAUUUUUUGUUUGAAAAAUGAUGCGUUGGUUGCUAUUCCUCGGACUGGCAGGCUACUGCUCGGCUUUUUUCGAUCCCAAUUGCAAUGGCAAACAGGUCAUGGUCCAUCUUUUCGAAUGGAAAUGGACAGACAUCGCCGCUGAAUGCGAACGGUACUUAGCGGGAGCUGGAUAUUGCGGUGUCCAGGUAUCACCACCUAUGGAACACGUCAUUUUAGCAGAGAACAACUACCCUUGGUGGCAGCGCUACCAACCGGUCAGCUACAAAUUGUAUUCCCGAUCGGGUAGCGAAGCCGAGUUUACUGACAUGGUUCACCGUUGUAAUAGCGUCGGCGUCAGGAUUUACGUCGAUGCUGUUGUUAAUCACAUGACCCCAAUGGGUGUGUCCGGUGUGGCGGACGGUGGGUCAACUUAUAACACUAACGGCCAUGCUCGCGAUUUUCCAGGGGUUCCUUACAGUGCUGUACACUUUACGCCCCGUCAUAAGUGUCCUUCCGGCGACGGCAAUGUCGACAAUUACAACGACCCUUCCAACGUGAGAAAUUGCUACCUGUACGGCCUGACUGAUUUGAACGGGAGAUUGGACUACGUCCGUGAGAAAGUCGCCGGUUAUUUCAAUCAACUCAUCCAGAUCGGAGUAGCUGGAAUUCGAAUGGACGCAUCCAAACACAUGUGGCCCGAGGAUAUUUCGGCUACUCUUUCUAGAUUGACCGACUUGCCAACAGACCAGGGAUUCCCUGCGGGCUCUAAAUUCUACGUGUUCCAGGAAGUGAUUGAUCAAAACGACGGAGCAAUCAAAGUCGACGAAUACUACAACACAGGAUAUGUGACUGAAUUCCGUUACUGCUCUAAAAUCGCCUCUGGUAUCGAGGACUACGGACAACUGAGCAAUUUGAUCGAUUACGAAUCGGGUAUGGCCCGCUCUGACAGGGCUUUCAUCUUCACCGACAAUCACGAUAACCAGCGCAAUCACGGAGGAGGCGGAAAUGUCAUCACGCACGAAAGCCCGCGCGAUUACAAACAGGCCGUUGCUUACACCCUGGCCCAGGAUUACGGAUUCACGCGGAUUAUGAGCAGCUAUUACUUCACCAACUCCGACCAAGGGCCACCCAGUAACGGAGGCUACAGCACGGCUGAUGUCAUCAUUAACGGUGAUGGCAGUUGCGGUGGCGGAUGGGUUUGCGAGCAUCGCUGGAACGUCAUGAAGAAAAUGGUUGAAUUCCGUAACGCCGUAGUCGGUACCUCAAUGGAGAAUUACUGGAACAACGGUAAUGCGGUGGCAUUCUCCCGUGGCAAUAAAGGAUUUUUCGCCAUGGCCAAACAAGGAUCCAUGUCCGAGAGUCUUCAGACAGGUUUACCCGCCGGAAGCUACUGCAACAUCAUCGACGAUUGCGCAUCAUCCAUUCAAGUCGGAGCAGAUGGCAUGGCGCAGAUCUCAAUUGACAACUACGAAGAACCCAUUCUGGCCGUCUGUGCUGGUGGUUGCGGAGGCAGCAGAGUGGCCCCAGGACCGAUUUAGGAAUGAGCCCUUGCCAGAUCAUUUUUUGUUUAUUUUGGAUCAAAUUUUAGUUUUGGGUUUCCUUAUAAAG